CGAUCGCUCUCACUGACCACCUCGAAACAAGUGGGUAUAAAAGGCAGCGAUCACUCUCACUCGGUAUUCAGUUAGCACCAGGCGAGCGAACUUGCAGCAGCGAAAAUUACACAGUUUUGGCCAACAGUUUUUACUAACCUCCGUAAAAAUGAGUUCCAACUCCCUGUUCGAGACCGACGAAGAUCUCGCCCAGGCCCACAAGUUUUCCAGGAAGGUGAAGGAAUCUCCCUUUAUGCUGGUGGGUAUUGCCGGAUUCGUGGCCGCCGGUCUGGUUGGGGCCUACAAAUACCGGAACCGAGGUUCCAUGAGCACCAGCGUCUUCCUGAUGCAGCUGCGAGUGGCCGCCCAGGGAACGGUGGUGGGAUGCUUGACCGCCGGACUGGCCUACACCAUGGCCAAGGAGUAUCUGUUCCACGAAGAACCCAAGGACAACAGCAAGCCAGUCGAGUGAAGAAGAGAGAUGUAGAAAAGCCUUAUGCUUGCACAAAAACGAUCCAGCCCACCUCUUUAGAAGAAAGUAGGAAGAUCUGCAUUUGGUGGUGAUCUACGUACUGUGUACUAUGCACCACCGAAAAGUAUUAGCCACCCGACUCUACCUCCAUUUCACAUUUACUUUUUUCAUCUGUUUCACAAAAUCGUAGUUUUAAGCAACAAAUUGUACUUACCAAAGAAUAAAACUCAAUGAUAUUUUCACUGUA